AUGCGUUCCACAUCGAUCCUUCUCAUCGCCGUCUUGCUUAUCGGUAUGUCAAUGGCUGCGGGUGUUCCUUCGCCAAAAUUGCUCUCCCCCUUCCAACCCACUUGCAACUGGAGCUGCAAUGCUGGUCAAAUCAACACUUGCUGCAUGCAUCUCGGCUUUCGCAGCGUUGUUACUGAAUUUGAUUACAUUGGUAAUGGAGAAACAGCUGAAUACGCUUACUACAUGAAAAACGCGAGCCUUAUUUUGGAAGAGAUCAUAACAAAGAGAAAAUACGACAAAAGUUUGGCUCCACUAUUUGAGCCAAUGACGGACAACUUUAUCGAAAGUAAAACUCGAAGAUUAGACAUCACUUUUGGGCUCAACUUUGUAAAGCUCUUCAAUAUGGACGCAGAGAAGCAAAUUUUGGAGGCAAGAUUGGAGCUGGCGAUGGACUGGCGAGACGCAAGGCUUGUUUGGGAUAAACGGAAAUUCGGAAACGUUUCUUCCAUUGUUACAACAACCGAGUCGAUCUGGAUCCCGGACACAUGCAUUACGAAUACAAAGAAAUUAGAAGUGGUCACCGGGCAGGCGCCACAAAAUGUUCGAAUCUUCAGCAAUGGAAGCAUUCACAUGGUCACCGCCUAUUUUACCGAGACUGCCUGCUCUAUUGAUGCCAACAUCUUUCCUUUUGACAAGCAGAAUUGCUCCAUACCUGUAUUGUCACUCACCUAUCUGGCUAAAUGGAUUUCAUUGCACUAUCGUGUUAACACUGUUUCGAGUACGCUAGUGGGAAACGGUGAAUGGUUGGUUUUGAAUGCGUUGCCGAUAGCUGCAAAGAUCAGUGAAAACUUGGAGAUUGGCUCAUUUUUGCUCAUGAUCAAGAGAGUACCAAACUUUUACGUCUAUGUGAUCGCUUUACCGUGUUUCAUUUUAACAUCACUCUCCAUCAUUGGAAUGUUUUGGUCACCAAAUCAUAAAAAAGAGCAAUUAGCCAAGCUAAGCAUUGGCCUAACAAGUCUCGUCUCGUUGACCGUGUUAAUGGAAAUGCUAGCCGAUGCCAUUCCAAAGACACAAGCCUUUCCGCUUUUAGGUAUCUACGUGGUCGCCUGUCUUGGAGUGAUAUCGAUGCGUUGCGACAUCGAUUUCAUGUCGAUCAUUUUG